CGGUCGGUUUGGCAUAAUAAGGAGAACACCCAUUGAGUUUUGUCUGUGAUAUGCCCGCAGACUUUCUCUCAAAGACGGCCGCUCACUGAAUGUGAACUCGAUUGCGUGCGAAACUUCCACGAUCCAUCGCAUCAUCAAUGUGAGUUUCGCAACGAAAUUUACAAUUUCCCAUUCGACACACAUACUAAUGAUCACUUCCACAGAGUUCACCACCCCCCGGGGGAGGAAUCCCAGGGCACAAACACGUGUGUUCAUGCUUUCUCCUUCCUCUCCCUUCCUCGCCUCAGUCUCCUCUCGUUUUUGCUCUCCUUCGCCUCUUUUUGCGCUUUUCUACAGUCCCUAACUACCGAGAGCCUGGAACAGGCCAUACUGUUCUAAUAACAUUAAACAAUAGGUGACAUCACUGAUAUCUAACCGACUUAGCACACCGUAAGGCAAGCUUGCUAUUAUGACUGUUAUUUUUGUUUUCUUUUUUUUUAUGAAAAUAAAACAAAAAUAAUACAUUUAUAAACGUGGGGUCUCCUGAUAAAAUGUCGGGAUAAUGCCGUCGCUGAGAGAAUCUAUUAUAGCUUGGUUUGACUUUUUGAGAGAGAUCUAGAGAGAGGGGGAGCAUGGCAAGAUGGACAGGAGCCGAGUUGCAUUAUGGGCUCUAAUUAACAUAUUUUCCGCUAAUUCAUUUGUCAGCGGUUAUUACUGUAAUGUCAUGAGUACCAACCUCAGAACGACACCGAACGUUUUGAUGGCGGUGUUUUUACAUGUGCUCUUGAUCUCGGAAAAGCAUGGCUUUCAAACGUGUAAAGAUCUGCUAAACUGUAGGUUGUAAGCAAGUUUUGGACGGCCACGGCUGUAUUAGCCACCGAGCAAACAGAUGACAGAAAAGUUCUGCGGGCUUUGCCAGGCGAAUGGCCUGAAAAGACAGCUUGUUCUAUUCCAGUUGAAUUUGGAAGAAGCGAUUUUGUUGUGUGAAAACAAGGAGUGCGUGUAUCCUCUUGGAGUUACGGACAAUGCCAACUUAAUCGUGAGUCGCAAAGCUUCGGAGGUCAACUCGUUCUUAAACUUGAAGAGAAGAAGGAAGAAAAAGUCAAAACCAAGAGAAACAGAGGAACCUGAAAAUGUUUCUCCAGAGUCCACAUGUCCUGAGCAUUUGCUGCAAUGGCAGAAUGUUGAUUCACUUUGUUGGCUUCAUUCUCUGCUGUCUCUAGUUGUCAACAAUGCAACCUUGAACACUUAUGUUAAAAUACUUCCCCCAAAUGUGGACUCAGUGUUAAGGACAUUGACCAAAUCCUUCAACAAGGCACAAGAGUUAUUAACAAGAAACAGAGAACAGGCAGAGAAGGAUUUAUAUGAUGUGAGAGAGAAGGUGUGGAACUAUUUAAAGCCCAAGAUGAAGUGUGAACGUGGAGUGAAUGACAGCCCAGUAAUGGCAUUGCCUCUUCUGUUACGGGAAAAUAGCGUAUUAUCAGAAAAAAUGCUUCAAGUUUAUCAGUGGGAAUUUAACUGUACUACCUGUGGGUAUCAUCAAAUUAACAAGAGGAAAAAGCACUUGGCAACUUUUCCAAAUGUGACAGAAGACUUCAGUCUGCAGAAUCUUGUAUUUACACGACCAUGCUAUAAAUGUGGAGUUCCUGAGCAGAGAAGUAGACUUUUAUUUGACAGAAUGCCUGAUUGCAUUUUCUUGCACUUUGAGCAAGGUUUGAAUUUGGAAAGAUUUCAAGAGCUUGAUCUUGGUCAUUAUGUCAUGACACAGUUCAUCCAGUACAAAAGAAAUCCUGACCACUUCAUUUGCUGGACAAGAGACCCUGGAGGAAAAAGAUGGAUGGAACUGGAUGACUUGAAAUCACCAGAGUGUCAUUGGAGUUCUUCACCACCUAACGUCCUGCCAUCAGAAGUACAUAUUGCAGUGUGGGAGAAAGUUUUUACUGCGUCACUUCCUUUGCUUACUCCUGAACCAAACAAACCUAACAAAGCAGAACUCUCGAUUGUUGAAGAUGUGAAAGUGGCAAAAAAUUAUUUUACAUCUCCGUUAAAUAUUGACUGUAACACAGCUGUUUCGUCAUGUAAGGAUGUCACGAGUCAUGGACUUCUUUCACCACCCUUCAAAUCCCCAGUGUUCUCACCUUUAAGAGGCAGAACAUCCUCACUUGUUUUACCUCAGAAGACAAGAGCUGGGCAAUUUGAACCAUACGUUCCAAGGAAAAAGAGACUUGUCGGUCAAAGCUGUCCCAACUCACCUCUUUGUAAUAAUUCUGACAUAGGUAUGUCUCCUCUUCCAAGUCCUAAGUUUUCACAGUCAUUCCUGACAUGGCAGGACAUCAAGGAACAGAGUAAGAAGAUAGCUGUUGAUGAUUUGCAAAGUGAUAGUGGUUAUUCAAGUCCGGCAUCUGUUAGUUCAUGUGGUAGCUUACCCUCUGGCCAAUCCAUCCUUGGCACAUCAGUUAGUGAUCAUGCAGACGACCUUCAUGAACCUGAGGAUAAAAAUGCAAAUGCUGGUGGGCAAACAGAUCAUUUGUGCAGGGGUCCGAGUCGUAAUUGUAAUGACUUGACAAUGUCUUCCAGUGUCUGUUCAUUGCAAAGAAAAAACACAGAUUUGUUACACGAGGUUGAUUCGCUUGACCUGGCAGAUAAACUUGAACAGUUGUUACCAGACUGUUUACUGGAGAAUCCACGAAGCUUAGUAAAACCUUGCACCACAAGUAAUUUAAUGGAAACAAAACUGGAAAAUUUUGUUAAAUUAUCUGCUGAGCAAGACCAGUUCAUUCUUGAUAUAUUGGGAGUGUAACACAAUUCUGUACAUUUUUUUUUUUGUUUAUACUGUAUCAGUAUCUAGAGUAGUACUUUUUUUUGUAUUAAUUAAAGAUCAGCAUUGAGCUGUUACCCUUUCAUAACAGGUCUAAGUUGAAACUUAAUAUUGAGGCCAGUGUAGUAAGAGAGUGUACAGUGUUCAUGAAAUUUAGUCAGAGUUUUAUCUUCUGGUAAAAGUGUCAAUUUAGAGUUUACAAAUAGCUUCAAAAGAUAGAUAUUUUGGUCCAUCUUCUUAGGAAACUCAGCUGAAAUCGCAUUUACAUUGGAGAUGCACUGGUGACUCGGUGUGCGAGAAUCUACAUUGUACACAAUGAAAUGCAACACAAUAUGUUUAUGACCUUUUAUCCCACUGACCCAUUUGCGAAAAUAAUCACAAACCCAAAAACUUGGUCCUCAUACCCCUUGUUGUCAUCAUUCUUAUGCCAAACAUUGUCUCUCAUAAUUAGGUUAUAAAUGUAGAAAACAUGUAUGAAUCAUUUCUGAAUGAGCAUGCAUUAGCCCACAGAUACACACAGUACACCGAUAAAUUUGCCAGCUCAAAAUCAGAGAAAAAGUAAACCUUCCAGAAAAUGUUCACUUGCCAUGACAUCUUAGCGAAACUUGUCUGAGGAAAGGCAUCUGACAGGCCAACAAAACAACAACAGAGAGAAAAAAAAACUCGAUAAAAAGCAAAAACCACUUAUAAGGCCUGUCUCCUAUUCAAACAAAUUCUAAUUUUGCUUUGUGUGCAUGCCCCAAAAAAGUAUUCAAAAAUUGAAACAUGCCUCAAAAUGUAUUGUUCCAGAAAAGAUCCAUACCCCUCCCAUUUUGGUUUUUCUGGUCAAACUGCUCUUCUCCCCCAUCCCCGUGAAAAUUCCAGUUUGGUUUAUAUGUUCCUUUAAAUCCCACAAGAAAGGUUAGAAAUAGCUAAAAAAAGCAUGUGCCAUGUUAGAUCACUGUUAGUUUCCUCAGUAGUCUAGGUUGAGCACAACCUCCCAAUGUAGUUAUCUUCCAGUUUAAUAUGUCCCAUCAACAGAUAAAUGACUGGGUUUGAAAUUCCACAAAAGAAAAUUCAAAAAUGGAUUUCAAGUUUAUUUGUUAGCUUGUAAAUAUGGACUAAUGUGGUGUUACCACUACCUGGAAAUAAAAACUAAUGAUUCUCAGCCUAACUGGUGUACUAAUCAGUCUAAUGGGAGUGCUACAUGUGUAAAUCAGCCUUACUGGAGGGUCAUGCCAGCUACAAAUAGUCACAAAACUGACAAUCCCAAAGUCUAAGUUUAUUGGUACUUAUCACCCGUAGAAGUCCUGCUUAAAUUUACCUUAAAUUUAUGGCUAGACAUGUAGCUGAGAAUUUACCAUUGUAAUACAUCAAGUUGAAUUUGCUCAAACAGGACUGUAUUUCAUCAUUAUUGUUUACAGUGUACUAUUUACAGGCCAUUAGUUGAUUGAUUGAUUUUUUUAAUCAAUUAGUUUAUCUUUCAUCAAGAUAUUUAUUACCCAUUGGUUAUGUGUUGUGAUUGGUUGGUAGAAUUUCAUUUAACUUAUUUGCACAAUUUCUGCUUGUUCCACUUUGCAAGUGAACAGAUUUACCUUUGCCCUCUCAAGAAAGGCUUUAAGUUUCAGACAAUUUUUAUUUACCUGUUCUACUUUUAUUUAUUGCAUUUUAAUACUACCUGACUGGCCCUGAACUGGUUUUAUCUGAUGUUGCAGAUUUCUUGCCCAUGUUCAGUCUGGCCUAUUUACUCCUGCAGGGAUUAUGUCAAUUUGCACUGGUAGAAUAUAAACUACUUAAAACACAGUUCCGGUUAACGCUAGCCCAGAUUUAUUUUUUUAAUUUUA